AUGAAUGUUUUUUUUUGUUCUCAUCGCCCCGAAUUUCCAGGAUCAAGUUCUCCGGAACGUUUUCGGCAAUGUGCAGCAUCACCAGCAGCUGCUAAUAUAUUUUACGUAACAAAUCCUUACAGUACAAAUGGAUUUGCUCCACCACCCAGUAGUAGGCACAAUCGUAUGCUGAAUAUUAAUCCGGCAGCAGUAGCAGCAGCGGCAAAAGGGGUCCGAUGUGAAAUGAAAUCGAUGGCCAUUUACGACACGUCAGGCAUCGAAUCGAUGGCUCCAUCCUCUAUCAGUGAGCGUGAUGAAGCAGCACGUGCCGCUGUUUUCCAGAAAGCACGAAUGCUUUCGUGCUCAGGCGCUAGCAGUAGCAGUGGUGGACGUCGAGCAACCGGCCACAGACAUCACGAUUUCACCUCUCUUCCGUUAGUCCCUCUCGAAUUUUGGCCAAAAUUUCCUGAACUUUUUCUCUUCAAAUGUACUUGUUCGAUAAAAAAAGUGUGUCUGUUUGGGGUGUAA